AUGAGCAACCUGUUCGAUCAUGGCCACGGUGGCGGAGAUCAAGGACAAGGCGCCGACGGCACCCUGAUGUGCUACUUCCACCCGAGGGAGCUUCUGGUGGGCGUAUGCGCCCACUGCCUCCGGGAGCGCCUCCUCCUCAUCCUCGCCUCGAAGCAGGGCGGCGGACGCGCGAGCGCGCCGGCCGACGGCGCAAGCUACCUGUCGGCGCGGCCCUACGGCAAGGCGCUCCGGCGCGUGAGGACCAGCAGCAUCGUCUCCGUCUUGGCGCUGGGCUCCUCGUUGCUCCACCGCAUCGAAUCCUCCUCCUCCCGGCACCACACCCACGAUGCCGUCGUCCACGGCAGCGACGACAAUAACUGGGAGGACGACGACGGCGAAGACACCGCCUCCGUCGCGAGCCUUGACGAUUCUUUCAUUUCGAUCAAGUUCGAGGACAACGGCAAGGCGACGUGGGUGGACACCCAGAACCAGAAGCCGACGAUGCCGCAUGCCGCCGACAAGAGCGCGUACAAGGCGACGACGGCGGUUGUGGAGCACGCGAAGCGUGGCGGGGCUGCACGGUGGCGGAAGCAGGUGGUGGGGCGGCUGCUGCAGCUGGCGCGAUGGAAGAGGGCGUCGGCCAGCGGCAAGCAGGCGGCAUCAUCGACGGCGGUGUGCCAGGCGGCGGAGCAUCAGCGGGCGAAAGGGCGCGGCGGCCGGAGCUGGAUCCGGAGCCUCACGCGGCGGCGAGCCUUGCACGGCGAGAGGGCGUGGUCAUGACGACGAGCGCUCGUUGGGUGGCAUUCAGAUUUCAGAGUCGAGCAAGCUACCUACGUACACAAGACACGUGAUCGAGUAGCACACGAACGUGCUCCUGUUUGUGUGUAUGUCCACACCACACAUGUCCACAU